AUGAAGAUAGAGGGUCAUUAUCAAUAUAUAUCAAUGAAAUUCAUAUGGCGGUUAUUGAUAUGUCUGAAUUUACUUUAUUUAAAAAUAGCCGCCGAAAGUAUCAAUAUUCCAACCUCCAAUCAAGUUUCAAUCGUGGAAGGAAAUCAAUCUCAAAAUGGUAUUCAAGACAAUUUGGAAAGAUUAAGAGAUCAUCUAAAUAUUUUAAAAUACGUUUUGCCGUUACGUGGAAAUGCCACUAAAAUUGAGGAAUUAAAACAUUUGAUGGAAGAUCGUGGAGUUAAUAAUAAUAAUACGGCAUCAGCCAAUUGGGACAAUCAUUUAUUUAAUAAUAGGACCAAACCAUUGAGAUCUCCACUUUUCAUUCAAAAUCCAUCGUUAUUACAGAUUGAUUCUCACAUUCCAUUCAUUCGUGUUUCAACUGAUAUCCAAUCACUUUUUUUGAAUUCCACUUCAACGUCAACAGCAUCAUCUUCUACAUCAUCCACCACUGAAGGUACUUCUUCACAGAUAUCAUCAAGUUCAAAUAUGACUAUAGAGACAUUUACAACUAGUUUAGAUAUGGAACCAUCCAAUAGUCAAGAAUUAGUCAACAACACUAGGAUAUUAAAUAAAGUUACAGAGACAGAGACAAUUACACAUUAUAUUACAAUGACCACUCAAGAGGUCUUAGCAACAAUUGAAUCGACUGAAUUUAUAACUACAUCUGUACAGAUUAAAACACCUACCAGUGGUAUUGAUGAGGCAACAGAGACAGAUGAAUCUAGUGUUUUAAUAAAUACUACAAGUUCAAGAGAUGUAGAAUUUGAAAGACUUGAGGUAUUAAUUCAUGAACUUAGGAAAGAGAUUUUGGAUCAAAAGACUGCUUCUACUCAACUGGAAUAUAUUACAACUAGUUCUUUUAGUUUAAGUCCCACUGAAGUUCAUACUACAAGUUCAACUAUGGGGAUUCCCACUACAUCUGAAUCUACCUUGACUAGUACUACUGAAUUUGUCUUGACCACAUCAACUGACACAUUAAUAGUUCCAUACUCUACUACAAGCACAACUUUGAUAAGUGUUGAAUCAAUUCAAGUUCAUAAUAAUUUGGAAAAUAUUCAAGGAAAAUCAGGUAAAGAUUUAUUAAAUAUGAAAUCUCCUUCUUAUAAGGUUGAUAUUGCUCCUCAAUUUCAAUAUCAUGAAAUGUCAUCUAAUCAAUUACCACCAUCAGUGCCAUAUUCUAAACCUAAGAUUCCAUUUCAUAUCCAACCUGUUCCAGCAAAGGAAGUUUCUGUCGAAGCAACUUAUGAUUAUACAACGUUAAGCUCAACAGAAAUUGUCCCGGAUUUGAUAUCAACAAGUAUAGAACCUACAACUACUACUAUUAUUAUUUCCACGACUCCAACAUUUUCUGGUGAAGUAGAGCAACUGGGAUCAACUAUUAAUGUUGAGAACAUAGCACAAUUACCUUCAGAAGAUUUAGAUAGUUAUCUCACCAGAAUUUAUCCAAUAUUAAAACAAGUUAUGGAAAAAAAAGAGGAAAAUAAUAAUGUUGAUGAGACUGAUAUUGUCGAAGACAUGACAUCAGGGGAUUUCGGUGAUAUUGAUUAUAUAGAUUUAGAUGAUGUUGAUUUUGGUAAUAGUUCAUUUUCAUUAGAUGAAGAGAUUAAAGAGAUUAAGAAAUUACCUCAUAAUGAACCAUAUAAGAUAUAUCAUGUUCCUAAAGAAAUGCAACAUGAAGUGAUAAACAAUGCAUUCAAGACAUUUACAGAUCCAGACGAUAUUACUACAUCCUAUGAAAGAGGGAGUAGAAAGGAUAAAUUACUUGAUUCUGAUUAUAAAUCAAGUCCUAAUAAGUCAACAUUUAGGAAUAAAAAUAGUUAUCAAUCCAAAAUUAAUUUUGAUGUAUUUGGAGAUGUUAAAGAAAAUGGAGGAUCUAAUUUCAUAUUAUUUUCGAUGCCUUCAUAUACAGCUAUUCUAACCAUUAUAGCCAUAACUAUAUGUUGGAUAUAG